AUGAAGAAUAAUUCUGUGAAAUUUAAGCAUAAUGUGCCAAAAUCAUCAACUACAUCUGUGAUAUCUGAAUUUUCAUGUGAAGAAUCACCUAUGCCUAAUGCAUUUUAAUAUUAGAGCUUUACUCAUGCGUAAACAAUCUCAGCAAAAUUAAACAAAACAUCUAUUUACAAUUAGUAGAAUAUAAUCUUUAACACUCCAAGAUGUCUUGCAGUUCCAUUCAAAGAAAUUGAAAGAGACGAAGUUCUAUCGAAAACUCCCAUGAAUAAAGGAUAUUAAGUGAGUAAUAGGGUUGGAGCAGCCAAUCAUGAGCCUGUAACAUUUUCUGAUGCUCUAAUCAAAUAAUCUAAGUACACAGAGGAGAGUUUGAGGAAGAUAUCUAAGCUUGAGAAAUUUCUGGAGAAGUAGAAAAAAAGUCAUCAAAAGCCAUUGCACAUAUUAUCUAGUGAGGAGACUCCAAAAAAAUUAUAAGAUCAUAAUCAUAUUGAGGGUCUGGUCUUAAGGAAUGAGAAUUAACCGAAAUAAAAGAACUUGGAUCCAAAAGUGAAUAAAAAAUUUCAUUAAUUGAUGGAUGAAUUAAGAAUUAUUAGAAAAAAUAUUUAAUAUUUUUCUGCUUUUGAUGGUUCAUAUUCCCAAUGUAGACAAGAUCUCAAUAACUUUGUGGCCUUGAAAUAAUAAAAUGGUAUUUUGAUCAAUAAUGGGAAUCACCUAUCAAGAAUAGAACUCAUAAAUGACACAUUUAGAACUGAGAGGAUUUGCGAUUUGCCUGAACAUGAUUCAAAGUUUCUAUCAAUGUGUAUUUGUGAUAAGGAGUUUUCAGAUGAGAUGAUUAUCACAGGUACAGACAAGGGUAAUGUGAUGGGGUGGAACUAUUUUAAGAAUCAAGUCUAUCAUUAUUAUGGGUUGAAUAAUUAAUACAAUUGUAAUUUAUAAUAGCAUUCCUAACCAAUAUUCAUCACUCAAUCUAAGCAAAAUAUAUUUGUUGGCACUAAAAACAACGAAUUAUUAAUUCUAGAUGAAAGAAUGAAUGAAACUAAAUGCUUAUCACUUACUUUGUAAAAAAAUAAAAACAAGCAAUUUCUCAGGGCAAGCUCAAUUUAAUCUCCAAUGUUACCUAGAUUUGGAACAUCUAUAAUAGAAAGUCCAUUGGCAAAACCAUUAGAUCCAAACCUGUUCAAUGAAACUAACUUUUAAUUGGAUGAAGAAUUUGAUGAAAUAAAAGGGGAUAUGGAAGAAGAAUUUCCCACUUUUAAGUAAUUGGAUGAAUUAUGUUUGGAGGACACUUAGAUGAUCAAAUACAUUGAUGUGAAUGACUACAAUGUUUUGGUUACUAUGACUAAUGGUUUUAUUCAUUUGGAUAUUAGAAAUCCAAAGAUUGAACAAUUCAGCUACGAAUAAAUAACUCAUAGUUCAUUAAAAGCUUUAUUCACUCCCAGUAAUACUAAUAACAUUGUAUACUCAAGUUCAAGCUCUGAUGAAUGCUUGUUAUGGAAUUUGUAAAGAAAUGAGGUACUGUUCCAUAAGAAAUUGCAAAGUAACCCUUUGGAUAUGAUAAUUUCUAAGGAGACUAAGGAGAUCCUGUUCUUACAUUAGGAUAAGAAUGAUUCUUUGGUUAAAAUUUAUAAUAAUUCAUAAUCAAAGAUGAAAUAUAGUGAUGAAUUGUAUGCGCCUAAUUUUAAUAUGUAAAAGAUAGUGUUGGAUCAAUUAAAUCAGAGUCUGUAUGGAAUUGGACCAUAUUCAUUGAGAACGUGGAAUUACUUUUAGCAGAGGGAAAUAAAUUUGAUUUAAGAAGAAAUGAGACAUCAAUUGGAAUGUUUAUAUUGAUUUAACUUCUAAAAAAAGUUUGUUAAUUAUUAAAUAAUCUAUCAC